AUUAAACAGGAAGUGAGAGGGGAGGUGUGGGGGCGCGGCGAGCGAAAAUGUCAUCAAAGUUGAAAAAGCUUGGAGCGAACAUCGACAUUGAUAACACAUUGAGUGCUGAAGGAGAAGAUAGUGAACUAAGCCUAGUAGACGACAGUGAAGUGUUAUCGGAUGCUCUGCAGGGAAAACUGUCAUUCACUGGAGAUAAUGCUAAUGGCAAUGCCAACGAUUCCCCAACGGCCACAAAUAUAGGCAGCUCCAGGGCUCCAGUGGCCCCUCCCCUGUCCACCGUGCUCUACACCCCCGACCACAACUCCAAGCCUUCACCGGCGCAAGUGGCAUUUGAGAUCCUGCGGACCAAGACCAUCAAAGACGGCAGGUCAAGAUAUGUGUUGUACACAGUUGCAAUAAUAAGGACCCACCAGUUUGACACUUCACAAGCAACUGUUGAUAAAAGGUAUUCUGACUUUGAAAAGCUUUACAACUCAUUGAGGAAAAGGCUGACUGCACAAAUGCAAGAGAUAGCCUUUCCGAAGAAAGUUCUUACUGGAAAUUUUGAUGACAAGACGAUAGCUCACCGAAGUCGUGCCUUCGAACAGUUCCUAAGCCAUGUAUAUGCCAUACCAGAACUGCGCGAAUCAGAGGAAUUGCACAACUUCUUUUUCAAAGUUGAUCUCGACAAAGCACUGUUGUAUCUCAGGAAUGGAGAAUACUUGGAAAGUAUUCCCCUGCUUUUAAAUGCCUUGAAUAUGCAGCAGAAACUUCUAGGUGAUUCCCACCCAGACGUUUUGAAGACAGUAUGUGCAAUAAUAGUAGCCUAUAAUAUGAGGGAAGAGCACAGCAAUGCACAGAAGUUUGCAGAUAUGGCACUGAAGUUAAUCGGCGAGGACAGUAGCAGUCGUUACUUGAUGCCGGUGUUACAGCUAAAUAUCCGCCUGUGCUGGGUGCUAGGGAAGGAGAAGGCCGACCUUGAGGAGAAACUUGCUGACCUUCAUGAGAAGGGUUUGGAAAUGCCCAGCCCAGAUCGUCUGCUGGAGAUGGUGGUGCAAUGA